CCCAUUUGUUCCUUGCUUUCCAGUUCUCAUUCCAAAGAAUUUAUCUUGGCUUUCUGUAAAUUCUUUUGUUUCCCCUUUUCUUCCACUUGACUUCUGUCUUUUUCCUCUAUAGAUUUCUUAGCUGGACCUACAUAGAUGGGUGUAUAUCUCAGCACUCCCAAAACUGAAAAACUCACAGAAGAUGGUGAGAAUAGUAGGGUUAGAUAUGGUCUAGCAUCCAUGCAAGGAUGGCGUGCAACUAUGGAAGAUGCUCAUGCUGCAUAUCCUGAUCUCGAUGCUUCUACUUCGUUCUUUGGUGUAUAUGACGGUCAUGGAGGUAAGGUGGUUGCCAAGUUCUGUGCCAAAUAUCUUCAUCAGCAGGUUCUCAAGAAUGAAGCAUUUGCAGCUGGGGACCUAAGAACAUCAGUUCAGAGAGCAUUUUUAAGAAUGGAUGAGAUGAUGCGUGGACAAAGAGGAUGGAGAGAAUUAGCCAUUUUGGGGGAUAAAUUCAACAAGUUUACUGGCAUGAUAGAAGGACUGAUAUGGUCUCCUAGGAGUGGUAACGGUAAUUACCAAGUUGAUAAUUGGGCUUUUGAGGAGGGCCCUCACUCUGACUUUUCUGGACCAACAUCUGGGAGCACAGCCUGUGUUGCGGUUCUAAGAAACAACCAACUUGUUGUUGCCAAUGCUGGUGAUUCUCGUUGUGUAAUAUCUAGAAACGGUCAGGCAUACAAUCUCUCUAGAGAUCACAAACCUGAUCUUGAGGUAGAGAAAGAAAGGAUUUUAAAAGCUGGUGGUUUUAUACAUGCAGGACGUAUCAAUGGCUGUUUGAAUCUUUCAAGAGCUAUAGGUGACAUUGAGUUCAAGCAGAAUAAGUUUUUACCUGCUGAAAAGCAAAUUGUAACUGCAAAUCCUGAUGUUAACACCGUUGAGAUAUGUGAUGAUGAUGACUUCCUUGUGCUGGCAUGUGACGGAAUUUGGGAUUGCAUGUCAAGUCAGAAGCUAGUAGAUUUUAUCCGCGAACAGCUAUGUUCCGAAAGCAAGCUUUCUACUGUUUGUGAGAGGGUGCUCGACAAGUGUUUAGCACCAUCGACAGCCACCGGUGAGGGAUGCGACAAUAUGACCAUGAUCCUGGUGCAGUUCAAGAAACCUGUCAUGUCUGCCUCAUCUUCAGAGGAGCAAUCUUCCCAUUCCAAACCAAUCGACUCCGAAUCAAAGCUAGAAGCAAGUCGGGAUUAGUAGCAAUGACCAUUGUUGGGAUCAAAGAAACUGUUUGUUUUCUCGAGUAUUCUGAUAUGCAUAUGUAGAUGGCUUAAAGCAGGAAUUGAGUUGAUAGCACAUUAAGAAAGAAUGUAUGUCCUUUUUGUUUCU